CUUGAUUCUUGAAUCGUUAUCGUGUUCAGUUUGGCUCGUUAACUAUGUGAAAAUAAAGAAAUUUCAAAACUAGAAAUUAAAAAAAAAUGUGGAAAAUGAAACAUAAAAUAUCAUCACCUAGGAAUUAAAAUAAAAUGUGAAAAUGAAACAUAUAUUAUCAUCACCUCAUCUGUCCGCAUCCUCUCAGUAUAGAAAGAAACCCUAGUUAUUAUCGUCUCGCCUUCAUCGCACCCGAUCACUGUACAAAUCUAAGCAUUUUUCCUGUGGCAAUUUUCAAAACUCCCAUGAUUACAUAAAAUUACAGAGUGUGCUGCUUUUGGGUUUCGCUUUUUUGUUUUUUUUUUCCUUUUUUUUUUGUUAACCUGAUAUGAACAUGUAUAGAGAUCGAGGAGGGGGCUCAUCCAAGGGUGGAGAGAUGUUGGAUCGGAAGCGAAUCAAUGACGCUUUGGACAAGCAUUUGGAGAGAUCUUCUCCUUCCACCUCCAGAAUCAAGGGCUCAACCGCCGCCGCCGCGACGUCGACCUCCACCGGCGGCAAACAGAUUGACGGCCGGAACAACCGCUCGUCGUCAAACUUGCCCACCGACAAUAACAAGUACGCCGAUGAUGAAUCUGAAACAGAUAGUGAAGAGUCUGAUGUCAGUGGUUCUGAUGGGGAUGAUACAUCUUGGAUCUCGUGGUUUUGCAACUUGCGUGGAAAUGAAUUCUUCUGUGAAGUUGAUGAUGAUUAUAUCCAAGAUGAUUUUAAUCUCUGUGGAUUGAGCAGUCAAGUUCCAUAUUACGAUUAUGCACUUGAUCUAAUUCUAGAUGUGGAAUCCUCUCAUGGUGAUAUGUUUACUGAGGAACAGAACGAAUUAGUUGAAUCAGCUGCAGAGAUGCUUUAUGGCCUUAUUCACGUCCGGUACAUUUUGACAACCAAGGGACUGGCUGCAAUGUUAGAGAAGUACAAAAACUAUGAUUUCGGAAGAUGUCCGAGAGUUUACUGUUGUGGUCAGCCUUGCCUUCCUGUUGGGCAAUCAGACAUCCCGCGCUCAAGUACCGUGAAAAUAUACUGUCCGAAGUGUGAUGACAUUUACUAUCCUCGUUCUAACAUACUUCGGGACCACCUUUCCCCAUCUUUUCUUGAUGACUUAUGGACACCUCAAGACACAAAAACCGACUCAAAGCUAUGUUCCCAGAGUUUUCGGCUUCAAGCUCCACAAACCUUGAACGAUGAGUUUUUAUCGAUCUUAAUUCUCUUCAAUCAAAUGGGUCUCGUCUGGCUCGUGUGGUGUUCAAUUUGGGAUCUAAACGAGGCAGAGGGUACAAGUCUUGGAGCUGCUAUUCUAUUCAAUAUAAGAACUUUGCUUUCUUUAAUGAACAAGCAAAUUCUAGCUUAUUUGUGA